AUGUCUCUUUUCCAGAUUGCCUUUGACUAUGCCGCACCCUUCUUCCUUAUCAGCUCCCCCGUCACGUCCUAUGCCGACCAAAUCGUCAGCAUUUAUCGCACAAGGAGCUCAGCGGGCUUCUCCUUGGACAUUCCUUUGAUUAUGCUGAUUUCGUCGAUCCUGAAGAUUUUCUAUUGGUUUGGCGAAUACUACUCAGGCACUUUGUUGACGCAAGCAAUUGUCAUGAUUGUGGUGCAGGUCACGCUGCUCAAGGUUGCACUAGAUAAUCGCCCUUCCGCCGGCGGGAGACAUGGAAUUGAGCACGCACCCUUCAGCGGUGGUAACUCUGAUGGCUCAUCCUCGAGACCCUAUGAGUUUUGGCAGUGGAGGGAUACCAAACCAUACUGGUUUUGUAUAGCCUACUUCGUCGGAAUCUUGACCUUCAUCCACCUGACCCCGAUCGCCCAAUCGGAAUUCUAUAUCAGCCUCCUUGGCUACAUCGGACUCGCCACUGAAGCUACCCUCCCUCUUCCUCAAAUCGUUGCCAACCACCGAUCCGGCUCGUGCAAGGGCUUCCGAGUCUCCGUUGUCGCGGCGUGGAUUCUCGGUGAUACCAUGAAGAUGAGCUACUUCUUCAACAGCACCGAGACCAUCCCAUGGGCGUUCAAGCUCUGUGGUAUCUUCCAGUGCGUGUGCGACUUCUACCUGGGCUUCCAGUUCUAUUUCUUCACUCGAAACGCCCCCUCUCAAACUCCGUCCCACUCCCACUCCAACUCGCUCUCCUCUUCGUUCUCUAACCCGUAUUCUCACUCACACUCCAACUCAUUCUCCCACCCUCAUCCUAUCCCCCUCACCACUUAUCACUCCCGUUCCAGCUCCCAACCCGCAGGCGAGUUCAAGGAGCAGAAUGGCAGCUGGGAUCAUCAAGAGAAGGAUAUUCGCAUGAACUGA